AUGGCAGCUGUGGAUAACGGUGUUCCACAGACGGAGUUUCCCGUACCGCGGGAGGAGUAUCCUAUAUCCCCCACUGUCCUACCAUGGGACAGGUUCUCUAACUGGAUUCACUGUGCGUGUGUCGUCACAUUUGAUUUGGAGCUGGGUCAGGCUAUGGAGUUGAUAUACCCAGGUCACGUGAAACUGACAGAUGUCGAGAAAACCAACAUCUGCUACUUGUCCUUUCCUGACUCAAAUUCAGGGUGUAUGGGAGACACACAGUUCCAUUUCCGAAUCAGACAAAGUCCUGGCAGGAGACACAUACCGAAGUCACAGCUGCAGAAAGACUACCCACAUCAGCUACAGACAGAUAGUGGUUACCUGUAUGGUUUUGUGUAUUUUCGCCAAACCAAAGACAAAAGUAUCAAAAGGGGUUACUUCCAAAAGUCCGUGGUGCUCGUUUCCAGACUACCAUUUGUGGCAUUGUUUAAUGAGUUAGUCAGUAUCAUAGCUCCAGGGUAUUUUGACAAUGGAGAGCCUAGCUUAGAAGCAGCAUGUCAUGACAUCGACCAGUGGCCGUGUCCACUAGGGGGCGACACUGUCAGUCUACCAAUCUUUGGAACUGUUAUACAGGUCAGAAUCCCCUCGCGGACAGACAAACUCCUGGAUAGAGUGCCUAUCAAAACAUCCAUAGCACCUGUACUGCCAGCUCCCACCAUCUUGCCAUCUCUGUAUGAGAUUGAUAUCUUCAGUUCUUUCCAGACCAUUCUUCCUCAUAUACAGAUGCUGUGGGAACUCGUACUUACAGGAGAGCCAUUGGUUGUGAUGGCAGCUUCUCCCUCAGUGACCUCAGCCGCUGUCCAAGCCUUGAUAAGUUUGAUUGGACCACAGAAGUUCUGUUCAGACUAUAGACCCUACUUCACUAUUCAUGACAGCGAGUUCAAGGAGUACACAACAAAAACACAAGCACCGCCAUCUGUUGUACUGGGUGUCACGAAUCCAUUCUUUGCCAAAACUCUACAGCACUGGCCACACAUUAUACGGAUAGGAGAAAUGAUGACACAAGUGCCCAAGGGAUUUAAUAAACUAAAGAAAGUCAGCAGUAUGAAGACGCUGGAUGCCAAGCCAGGUGUCUACACACGGUACAAGCCAUUCUUGUCAAAAGAUAAAGGUAUCCUGAAACGAAUCAUCAAGGGAAUGCAGGCCAAGCGACCAGUGGAGGCCCAGAAUGCAAUUCUUCGGCGGUACUUCCUGGAGCUUACCCAGAGCUUCAUGAUACCCUUGGAACGCUAUAUGGGAAGUCUGAUGCCUUUACAAAGAAAUAUCUCUCCACACAAGGAUUUUGAGCUUUCUGAAUAUCUGAAUUUCCAGUGCCCUCCAAGUCUUCGCCCCUUUGACACUGACGAAUUUCUGAAAACGUUGGAACGUUCUGGCCCCCAGCUAACAUCGGGGAUAAAAGGUGACUGGGAGGGACUCUACCGGAGGUUUUUCAGGAGUCCAAACUUUGAGGGGUGGUACCAGCAUCGCCAGAUUGAGGUCAACCAGAAACUACAGAUACUUCACAUGGAGGCACUCUGUAAUGCUGAUCUGACGGACUGGAUCCAGGACAAGGAAGAAGUAGAAGUUGUGGACCUCGUUCUCAGAAUUCGAGAGAAACUUGCGUUUACAGUGAAUAAUGAGAUUGCCAUCAGUGAAGACAGUGUUCACAAACUUAAAAAACACCUGGAUGUGAUUGUUACCUCCCUUCCAGAGGAUCUACAGUCCGUUCUCAAGAGUUGACACCAAGAGGACCGAAAACAGGACGUUACUGAUGCACAUGCUCAGUGGUGCUUAGGUCAGCCAUUUUUCAAUGGUGCUUAGGUCUUUGAUUGGUCAAAGUCUGUGACUGAUGUGCUGUAAGACAGUCUGAGGACCUUAGCUUAAUAGGUAUUAAGAUUGAACGAAGAUCUGCUGAUGUACAAAAAACUGAUGUGAUGGAGAAUGAUUGUGUUAAGGAUUUUAGACUGUGUCGUUUAAGGUCAGAUGGAUACACUCAGCAUUUGAAUAUCCCCGGUAGUGCAAUGAAUAGUCUAGAUAUCAUAGAUAUCAAUUACCUGGACAGAAUGCCAUUUCAUGAUUUCCAAUGUUUUCUUAGAACAUGUUAAAGAAAAUGAGGUGCUCAAUUAUCAAAAGAAAAUUCAUUUGAGAAAUUGUACUCAUGAAUACCUGUAGUAUGUGGAAUAUUCAGAAAUGAAUGCUUGAAAUUCUCUUGUUGAUACAUAGUGCCAAGUUUCAGCAUAUUUUAUUCAUGAAAUAUGCUGAAUCUUUGCAUUCAUGUGUAGAAAAUAUCGACAUGCUAUUUUAUGGAACAAUCGUAGUCACAAAAUAUUUUAGAAUUUCUCAAUAUUGGAGGCCUUAAUACCAUUAAAUGUUGUAAGUGGAUCAUGUGAAAAUUAGAUGUAGAUUUAGUUAUUGAGUUGUUUUAUCUGUGAAUGCUAUGUCCUCACAGUCUACAUUUCUACGUCAUAACCUGCACUGAAUAUCAUUGAUGUUGAUAAGUGUUGUAGAGCUAUUUUGUCUUUCUUGUUAUAUCAUGCAUUAUGUGCUAAUAAUGUUUUUUUAUGUGCCAAACUUGCAAAGUAGUGAUCAUUCCACAUGAUAAUUCAAAAUACAAUAUCUACAGCACUUGCUUUGUCUAGCCCUUAGGAAGGAUUUAAAGUUUGAAGGAAGACUUUGGGAAAGAGCUUUAAGUGACCCUUGGGCAAAAUUUUCAUUGUUACAGGGCAGUCAUAAACAUGUUUUUACAAGCAUUUACAAAAUGUUUGUAUAUGUGGUAAAUUUUACCCUAUACUGGGUGUGUUUGGUGUGCUGGAAAUACUGACUUUUUUGGCUGAUCCAGAAAAUUCCCAUUACUAUUGGCAAGUACAAUGAAAAUCUGCCAAAACUUUUUUCUGAGAAAAA